AUGCUGGAAUGCAUGGGCACCGAGAACAUGGCUCUCGAAGACGUACGCUUCUACGUUUUGUUGCAAGAGCAUAUGCUGGGCGUAGUCAUAAGCGACUACGAAUCAAUGCGGACUACCAAGUCGCUUAAACCUGAGCAAAGCUCAUUGGGAACGUUCUUAUUCAUGAGUAGACUCACCGAACUCAGCUCGUACGCUUCGCUCGGCGCACAGCCCGCUUCUCUCCGGAGUCUUCCCGGCGCAUUCCUCUCGCCUACAUCCCGGCAGUGGUGGCCCGAGGACAGUGACGUCGCAGGAGCCUCUGUUGGAAUCUGCAAACUGCAGCACCUUUACGAUAUUUCCGUCGCUAAGAUGGCAUCCAUGAAGUCCAGACUGCUGCCGGCCGCUUCAGCCGAAGACUUUACAUACGUAGCCAGGGGCUGUUUGGUGACCGCGGCGUUUGGAAAUACCUCCGCCUGGAUCCAAGCAGCUCUCUCCAAGACGACGUCUACCACUGGUGGCACCUCCUUUCACGGGCUUCAAUUAGGACUCGGCUGGUUGCAAGCCAACGACGAGCGAUGGUCGUGGUCGCGACGAUGGGCGAAGUCAAUAUUUACGACGGCAGGCCAAGUCUACCCUUCGCCACCGGAAAUAGACAUCAAUAUUUACAAGAACGUGUGCGUCCAAGAGGGAAUUCUGAGGCCCUCAGACAGCAGACUGCAAUGCAAGAUGUCGACGAACUUCGGAGACCCGCGCUUGCUUCUUCAGCCACUCAAGUUAGAGGUUCUGUCGCUGAAGCCGCGAGUAGUGGUCAUCAGCGACUUCAUGUCUUCAUCGGAGGUGCGCUACAUCCGGUCAGCAGCGAGGGACGAGUUCAAGCGGGCAGCUUUCUUGGCUCUGGGAAAGCUUCUUGAGAAGCUUUCUCGGCGCAUAGAAGUCACAACUGGUUUGUCGCUGGAAUCUGCUGAGGCGUACCAGGUGUCCAACUACGGCCUCGCAGGACACUACACGCCCCAUUUAGAUGCCAGUGAGUUCGAUACAGUGGCGAGCGUACAUGAACUCGACAACGGCAACCGACUCGCCACCGUGCUCAUGUACUUGACCAACGUGGCCGCGGGGGGAGCCACGGCAUUCGUCAGUCUGGGCGUCGCCGUCAAACCCCGCGUCGGCGACGCCCUCUUCUGGUACGACGUGGAACCGUAUGACGGAAGCGAGUUCCCCGAGCACAUGUCUUUCUGGCAUCAAAAGAGGCAAGCUGACCCGCUUACGACGCACGUCGGCUGUCCCGUGCUGUGGGGCUCCAAAUGGAUCGUCACCAAGUGGAUCCACGAGCGAAGCAACGUCAUCGUGAAGUACAACACGCCUGGAUGA